CUAAUUACACAUCGCUGCAGAAGUUGGGAGAGCCGGGCACAUCCAUGGAUUGUCUGCCACAGGGAGGAGGACGGUGACCCGCAAAUCUCAGCCACACUCUCCCUGCGCCCGGCAACAUGUUCCAGCCCACCCCAAAGAGGUGCUUCACCAUCGAAUCGCUGGUGGCCAAGGACAGUCCCCUGCCAGCCCCCCGCUCCGAGGACCCCAUCAGACCCGCUGCCCUCAGCUAUGCCAACUCCAGCCCCAUCAACCCCUUCCUCAACGGCUUCCACCCCAGCGGGCGAGGGGUCUACUCCAACCCGGACCUGGUGUUCGCAGAGACUGUGUCCCACCCGCAGAACCCCGUACACCCGGUGCCCCCACAUCACGCCCUGGCAGCGCACUCCCUGCCCACCUCCCACUCCCCGCACCCGCUCUUCUCCACGCAACAAAGGGACCCGUCCACCUUCUACCCCUGGCUCAUACACCGGUACCGAUAUCUGGGCCACAGGUUCCAAGGUAACGAGAGCAGCGCUGAGAGCUUCCUAUUGCACAAUGCUCUGGCCAGGAAACCGAAGAGGAUCCGCACAGCCUUCUCCCCAUCGCAGCUUCUGCGCCUGGAACACGCCUUCGAGAAGAAUCAUUACGUUGUGGGCGCAGAGAGGAAGCAGCUAGCGCACAGUCUGAGCCUGACCGAGACCCAGGUAAAAGUCUGGUUCCAGAAUCGGAGGACGAAGUUCAAGCGGCAGAAGCUGGAGGAGGAGGGCUCGGACUCAUCGCAGAAGAAGAAGGGCACCCACCACAUUAAUCGCUGGAGAAUCGCCACCAAGCAGGCCAGCCCCGAGGAGAUCGAUGUCACAUCGGACGAUUAGUGGUUCGCACUUUGCUGGAGCACAGACGGGGCCAGGGAUGGGGCCGGCCCGGAGGAGGAUUUUUGCACUUGCAGCUGUUGGCGGAGCCCCGUGCGGGUGUAGGGCACCCGGUUACCCGUGACUCUGCUGUCUGGAGACACCCAGGGGGGACGCCUCUCCUCCGCCAUGAUAGGAGCGCUGGACACACGCGGACUCAUUGCGCUCCCUAUACCGGACUGUACAUAAAUCGUGCUUGUGGUUCUGACGCCGAUAUACUUCCAAGAAGUAUCACCUUGUCCACAUUUUGUCAAUAAAGAUUUAUCCAGACGUUGGCAGUU